UUGAGGAUGGUUCGGAUUACUAAGGACUGUUAUCAUUCCUGUUUAACUCAUGCAUUGACAACAAGUGAAGAGGAAAUUAUGGGACUUUUGAUAGGAUAUAUUAAUGAAAGUACUGGAGUUUCAACAAUAUGGGAUUGUUGUCCACUGAGGAGAGUGGAUAAGAGAAGAGAUAGAGUUGAAAUUUCUCCAGAACAAUUGGUAAAUGCAGCUUCAAUGGCUGAAAAAUUGAGCACUGAAGAUGGAAUACCCACUAGAGUUAUUGGAUGGUAUCACUCUCAUCCACAAUUCAUUCAUUUACCAAGUCCAAUAGAUUUGAGUUGCCAAUCUCAAUAUCAACAAAUGGAUAGUGGAUUUGUUGGAUUAAUUUUCUCUGUAUUUAAUAAUGACAAAUCGAGUACUGGAAGUAUUAAAUUAUAUGCAUUUCAAUCU